AUGAGGAAACCCUCCUUUCUCUUGCGGCCGUGGCUUUUAUGGCUGCUUUUGCUGCUGCCACCGCUGCCCUCCACCAGCUCCCAGAUACUCCCUACGACCGCCCCCUCGGGGCCCAGCGGUGCCCCGGCCUGCCCCGAAGCGUGUACGUGCGCCCAGGGUGGCCUGGCCAACUGCUCGGCUCGUUCACUGCCCGCCGUUCCGGCGGGCCUGAGUCGACGCGUGCGCGCGCUUCUGCUGGACCACAACCGCGUGUGCACACUGCCACCGGGCGCCUUCGCCGGUGCCGACGCGCUGCUGCGCCUGGAUCUCCGAGAGAACGGGCUGCGCACAGUGCACGCGCGCGCCUUCUGGGGCCUGUGCGCGCUCCACUGGCUCGACCUCGGCUCCAACCACCUGGAGGUGCUGGCGCCCGGUACUCUGGCACCUCUGAGGGCGCUGCGCGUCCUGUCGCUGGCCGGUAACCGCCUGGCGCGCUUGGAGCCGGCGGCGUUGGGCACACUUCCGCUGCUGCGUGCGCUAAGCCUGCAGGACAACGCGCUGGUGGCGCUCGGGCCCGGCGUGCUGGCCGCCCUGCCAGCCCUCGACUCUCUCCAUCUGCGCGGCAACCCCUGGGCCUGUGGCUGCUCUCUGCGUCCCCUCUGUGGCUGGCUGCGCCGGCACCCGCACCCCACGGAUGCCGAGACGGUGCUCUGCUCUUUCCCGGGGCGCCUGGCGCUCAGCCCCCUGACCGCCUUCACAGACGCCGCCUUCAGCCACUGCGCGCAGCCACUAACCCUGAGGGACCUGGCUGUGGUCUACGUGCUAGGGCCCUUCUCCUUCCUCGCCAGCCUAGCUGCCUGCCUGGUGUUGGGCGUCAACAAGGGGCACAGACAGAAAUCUGGUGACAUUCCUUUAGGCAACACCACUGCGCACGCGGGUCACGGCCCAGGGGGCAGACAGGGUCAGCGGCUGCGCUCGGGGGAAGCCGCGGCCAAGACGCGGGAGGGCUGGGCCCGCACAGGGAGGUGGGCGGGUCACACACCCGAGCGAGGGGCCUGUGGCCGGGCAGGGCCGAGGGGCGGGGCCAGGAGAGCUGGCUGUCCUGGGCUGUGGCGGGGGCUAGGCCUUCUGGAGUCCGAAGAUGAGAACCGGCGCCGAGAGGAGCCUGAGAGUGCCCUCCGGCUGCGGCUGGCCAGGAAUCCAGACAGAGAGGACAAAGACGGGGAGGGACAGGGCGAGCCGGCGGGGGCACGGGGCGAAGGGGUGGGAGUCGGGUGCAGCAAGAAGGGAGGGGCGCAGGCGCUGGAGGACCGGGUGGCCCAGCCAGCGGGGUGGUGGGUCCGGCUGUGGCUCCACUCCAGCCUCUGUACCCAGUGUCAGCGGGGCCCCUCUCCCGCGCUUGAGCCCCGGGCCUUGCCUCUGCGGAGCGCCCUGCGGCCCUGCCCAGCCGGCUCAGCCACAGGCCCUUGCUCGCCGCUCGGGCCUUCCCGAGCAGCAGGGCCACCAGUGUCCUUGGCGGGCUAA